CGCCCGAGCCCGGCCCCGGAGCGACCCGCCCGGGCCGCCCCCGCCCUGCCCGGCACCAUGAUGGAGGAGAUAGACCGGUUCCAGGUGCCCACCGUGCGCGCCGAGAUGCAGCCGCUGGAUCCAACAGCUGCAUCUAUCUCAGACAGAGACUGCGAUACAAGGGAGGGAGAGACCGUAGCCAUGAACUAUAAACCAUCCCCACUUCAAGUGAAACUAGAGAAGCAGAGGGAGUUAGCUCGAAAGGGGUCCCUGAAGAACGGCAACAUGGGAAGCCCAGUUAAUCAACAGCCCAAGAAGAACAAUGUGAUGGCUCGAACAAGGCUGGUGGUUCCCAAUAAAGGCUAUUCAUCACUAGAUCAGAGCCCAGAUGAAAAGCCACUGGUAGCACUGGAUACAGACAGCGAUGAUGACUUUGACAUGUCCAGAUAUUCCUCUUCAGGAUAUUCUUCAGCUGAGCAGAUCAACCAAGACUUGAACAUCCAGCUGCUAAAGGAUGGCUAUCGGUUAGAUGAGAUCCCAGACGAUGAGGACCUCGACCUAAUCCCCCCUAAAUCAGUCAACCCCACCUGCAUGUGCUGCCAAGCCACCUCCUCCACCGCCUGCCACAUCCAGUAAUGAGGACGGCAGGCUGUGAUCAGUGCUUUCCACUAUAACUGUAAAACUUAACAGCCAUUGCUUCCUCCUAUGGUAGGACGUGCACCUCUUUGUGUUCAUGGAGCCAGGAGAAACCAAAACUCCAUUUUAUGAUUGGUUGAUGAGUUAUUUUAAGCUAUGGUUAACAGACAAAAGCUGCUCCAAGUGCCAGGCUGGAGUCUGAGCAAUUGGCUGGUCUGGAAAGCUAAUGCAAAUGGGUCCAGUGAUCCCUGGGUCUGGGCAGGCUCUGGGUAUGGUUUGUAAGGUGUAUGUACUGGAUUGAGAAGGAUCAGAUGUGGCUGCAGUUAAUCCUACCCGUCACAACUAAUCCAACUGCGAGUUCAACUGAGUCUAAGAUGUAAGGUCUUUCUAACCCGGGGAAAGGUCAUUUUUUAAUUCAUUCACUGAAACUGAUCAGUUUGUGCCAACCAAAAUUGUACCUGAAUAGGAACAGAGUGGAGUAUUCUAGACUAUGGCAGUGCUGCUGGCAAGGAUUAAUAUACCCUGGAAAUCAGUUACACACAAACCGAACAUGUAGGAGGAAUUUCAUUCUGGGUUCAUACCAAACUUUACUUGGACUGUCAUGUCACAGAUCUGAUGUAACUUACUGUCAUUUCCAUAUGAGAUUAGCAGCAAACAGAUAAAAUUCUGUCCACAAUCCAUCCAGGCCCCUCCUGCAAUCAAUUUAUUCCCAGGAGUAAACAUACCAUAUCCAUGAAUUCAGUCCAGACAUAUUUAUUGGGUUCUGCCUCCAAUGUUUAAGGGGAAUUUUUGGGGCCCAGCUGCUGGCAAAAAUCACAGUCCUUGUCCAUUUAAGUAAAAAAUAUGUAUAUACCUAGGAAGAAUCAUAAUGAUACAGUCUUAAGGUCAGAACCAAAAAAGCAAGUUGAAGAAAGCACAUGGUUUUUACAGUACACAGAGGUUCAUGUUAUCUUGACUUUGAGCCUCUUAGUGCCUAUUGAAGAGAUUUACCAACACUGUAUGUCUGUGCAUUUAGUGUUGCCAUAUGUUAGCAGGAUAGGCAGCUUUCAGCAACAAGAGGAUUGAGCAGGUUCCCAUCAUGAGACGCACGAGGGAAACUGCUGUCAUCCCACCUCUGCCAUGUUCAUGUUCAGGAAACAUGCCUCUAAGAUCAGCAGAUUUACUGCAUCGCCAAUUCAGGUUUGUUUUUAAUGCCAGUGAAUUUCCUGAAUUACGAACCAUAUUGGCCUCCUGAUAUUUCUUUUAAACUUUUGGUGCAAAAGGUGCCCAAGAGUCAGGUGAAUGUAGGGCCUGCGCUUAUUAUGCCAUCAGACUAAAUUCCUUGACAUGAAACAUGACUGCAUAUUCUUCUGCUUUGUCAGGAGGGACAAAAACUACCAACCUUGCUUUUAGUGCUUGCUUCAGGUAUUGGUAAUGAAAAAUAUUUGAGGAAAACGAAACCAUUUUUCCAGUUUAAACUUCUUCUGGGAAUUCCUUCAUAAUGCAACACAUAUGCUUAAAUUUCAUCUUUCUGGAGUAUAAAAUCCUUGUGUAAAAGUUAGAUGCCGUCAACUAAAUCUUUAAAAGGACACUGUCAGCUGCUGUUAAUAGCUUAAAUCAUUGUUGGCUUUUACUCUGUGUAUGGCAAGAUGUAGCAUACUCUAGUGGUCUGAGCACAGGAUUAGAG